AUGCAGGCGGAAACCGAUCGACCGUGCACUAGGGAACUUCUCUACAGGGGUGUCAGUGCUGAUGGCCACGGCCGUAAAGAGUAUUUGCGUAGACGUGCGCGAUAUGGCAUCGCAGAAAGAUACGGGCAACCGCAAACAGAAGCCCAAGUCAUGAGCCUGAGCUUGAGAAUGAAUCCGUCCGAGCUGCGUCCACCUUCGUUUGGAAAGAAACCAAUUAUUGCAAACACGUUCUACCGAACACGGGGAGCUGGCGGCUUCAAAGAAGCCACUGCUGACGUGUGA